UUAAACAAACAGAACAUUGAAAAAAUUCUAAAAUUUAAUGAACUAAAAAUUCAAAAAAAAAAAAAAAUUAUUAUUCUGCAUCUUUCUGACAUACUAACAAAAUUCCUAGUCACUUAAAUGGGCACAAACUUCCAGUAUAUACCAUGCUCUCUACAAGAUGAGCUCAGACGCAUCGCCAAUGCAAUACUUGUGCCUGGAAAAGGUAUAUUGGCAACCGAUGAAUCACCCAACUCGAUGGAUAAAAAAUUUGCACCCUACUGCAUACCAAAUACUGAAGAAAAUCGUCGUCUAUAUCGUCAAGUUCUGUUUACAACCGAAAAUCUGCAGGAAUACAUCUCGGGUGUCAUUCUACACAACGAAACUCUAUAUCAAAAAGCGGAUAACGGAAAGACAUUUGGCGAUUUGUUACGACAUCGUGGCAUAAUCAUUGGUAUAAAAGUCGAUAAAGGCAUUGUACCGUUGCCGGGCUCGUUGGACGAAAGCACCACAGAGGGUCUGGAUGACCUUUAUUGUCGUUGUGGCAAAUACAAACGCGAUGGUUGUGACUUUGCUAAAUGGCGUUGUGUUUUGAAAAUCGGCAAACACACGCCCUCCUAUCAAGCAAUUGUGGAGAAUACGAAUGUGCUUGCACGUUACGCAUCCAUAUGCCAGUCGCAGGGUAUUGUGCCGAUUGUGGAGCCAGAAGUGCUAGUUGACGGUGAACAUGAUAUCAUCAAAGCACAGAAAGUAACGGAAACAGUUUUGGCUGCUCAAUACAAAGCCCUAAAUGAUCAUCACGUCUUCUUGGAGGGUACUUUGCUGAAACCGAAUAUGAUUACGCCUGGACAAAAUUGCACCCGAAAGAACUCACCUGAAGAGGUUGCCUACGUAACUGUGCAAGCUUUUCUGAGGACUAUACCAGCUGCGGUGCCAGGAAUCGUCUUCCUUUCCGGCGGUCAAUCGGAGGAAGAGGCUACGGUAAAUUUAAAUGCUAUUAAUAAUGUCAAUUUAAAACAUCCCUGGGAACUGACAUUCUCUUAUGGACGUGCGCUACAAGAGUCCGCUAUGGCAGCUUAUGCCGGCAAAAAAGAAAACAUUCCACAAGCCCAAAUUGAACUUCUAAAGCGAGCUAAGGCCAACUCUCUCGCAAGAGCUGGAAAAUACAUAGCAGGCUCUAUACCGCCCUUUAAAAACGAGCAAAAUCUAUUUUUUGCUGAUCAUAAAUAUUGAGAAUCCUUUUACCAAAAUUGUAUGAAUAAAAAUGGAUGUCUUGAACACUAAAUUAAUGCACAAAAAGAAGUAAAGAGAAGCAAGAACCUAUAA